CUGCUCUGUUGUGUAGUUUGUGAACGGUUCUUUAAACCAAUUGUUUUAUAUCGACUCUCUUACUGAGUCGGCUCUUACAUGUCCACUCGCUCUUAGUGCUAGUUUCUGACUCGUAGGCUUUUAAGUAAAGAAAGAAAAAUAUUAAAAACCUUUAAUCUAAAACGAUUAAUCUGAUUUAAAAACAUAUAAAUUGUCCAAUAGCAUCGAUCCUGCGUAUAAGUCACGCAGUCGGUAAUGGUGUAAAAGCACUGAGGCUGCGCAUUAGCAGCGCAUAUUUCACCAACCCGAAUACAGCUUGACGUAAUCGUUCUGCGACAGGGCAGUAAACACAAGAGAGAACAUACAGAAGCCCUCAGCAGGUCAGUUUCAGACACUGAACACCUCCACAGGUGGUUCUGACAGUGAUGGCGCUGGGCCGUGUGGAGGUUCUGGCUCUGUACCGCCGAGUUCUCCGGCUGGCUCGGAGCUGGCAGGCUCACUCUGGACUCACACAUGAUACAGAGACAGAGAGGAAGUACAUCACACAGGAGGCAUGCUCACUGUUCAGACACAACCAACACUUGACAGACCCAGAGUUAAUCAGUAAGUGUGUAGCGGAGUGUGAGGCUCGGAUAGAGAUCGGACUGCAUUACAGAAAUCCCUAUCCCAGACCUUCGUAUCUUCCUCCACUGGGCUUGGCCACUCAGAAAGGCAGGAAGCUUCGAGGACAGCAGCGGCUCAGGAAGCAAGCCAAGCCUCUAUACUUACAGUCCCAUGAUGAGACAUAACACACACACACACAAACGCAUUAUGGAUUUGUUUCAGGUUUUUUUUUUAUUAUUAAAUAAUUAAUAUGAAAUAAA